UGGACUUCCUUCUUGUUCUAUAUAAGUUCAACUCUCUUCCAACUUUCGUGGCAGCUUCAAAUUCACUCUUCAAAAACCAGAUAGCUAACACCAUGCACUCUUAAUCUCCUUUUCUCUCUUUCUCUCGCCUGCUUGCUUGUUUUCAAACAUGGCUAGCCUGGGAGCGGAGAAUACUGCUACUGACCAACGUCCCAAAACUCUUGCAGAUUUUGAUCCUCCCCAGAAACAAAAACUCAACAAGUUUGCUUUCGCUUGCUCCAUUCUAGCUUCCAUGACUUCCAUGUUUCUCGGCUAUGACAUUGGAGUAAUGAGUGGGGCGGCAAUCUACAUAAAAAAGGAUCUCAAAAUCAGCGACGUGGAAGUGGAGGUUCUGGUGGGGAUCAUAAACCUUUACUCACUGUUUGGUGCGGCGGCAGCCGGCCGCACCUCCGACUGGAUCGGGCGGCGCUACACCAUCGUACUAGCUGGGGCCACAUUCUUUGCAGGAGCUCUGCUGAUGGGUUUCGCCACAAACUAUGCGUUCCUAAUGGUGGGUCGUUUUGUUGCUGGUAUUGGCGUCGGUUACACUCACAUGAUCGCUCCUGUUUACACUGCCGAAGUUUCGCCCGCUUCCUCUCGUGGCUUCCUCACUUCUUUGCCUGAGGACAUCAAAUAUCUGAGUCGUGGGCGAGGUCACCAACAAAUACAAAGAAAAAAAGCCAAAGAGAUGAGGUCACCCACCGGAAACAGACGAUGAUGUGGAGACUUGGUGAAGGAAGAAGAAUGGUGACCGCGACUGGUG